CAACCAACUAUAAUAGAUUAAAUUCGUGUUUCUUCCUAUGACCGGCAGCGUGUAUCUACGGUACCGGUGGAAAUUAGUAAAAUAUAAAAUGUCGUUCACUAAAUUCCGUUUUCUAUUUUAUAUCACAUAUAGUUGUUUAUUUCUGAAUCUUGUAAAUGCAAACAUUCAGACAUCAUCAAAAAAUACUUUUGCAGAACAACUUACUGAAGAAAAUUGGGAUCGUAUAUUAAUCGGAGAAUGGAUGGUGGAAUUCUAUGCUCCAUGGUGUCCUGCUUGUAAAGCAUUGGAACCAAUUUGGGAACAUCUUGCUUCACAAAAGAAGAAUCUAAAUAUUAAUGUAGCAAAAGUUGAUGUAACUGAUUCUCCAGGACUUAGUGGAAGAUUUAUGGUUACAGCUUUACCAACAAUAUAUCAUGUUAAAGAUGGCAUAUUUAGGCAAUAUAAGAGUCCUAGAGAUAAAGAUUCAUUGAUUGAAUUUGUAUCUGAAAAAACAUGGGAAAAAAUUGAACCAAUUCCUGGUUGGAAAAGUCCAACCUCUAUUCAAAUGUCUCUUAUUAGUCAAUUCUUUAAAAUGUCACAAGUAUUAAGGGGAAUACAUAAUAAACUUAUGGAAGAUUUUGGAUUACCUACAUGGGGAAGUUAUUUAAUUUUUGCUAUUGCUACUAUUGUUUUAGGUGCAAUAUUAGGAUUGUUUAUUGUCUGUUUGAUCGAUUUUAUAUAUCCACCAAAACCUGUGAUGCUUCAAGAAAAAAAGAAACAAAAAGAAGGAUCAGGAGGAUUUAUGCAAGAGAAAAGUAUACAGGAUGAAGAAAUUGUUAAACAUGUUAAAGAUGAUUUAGUAGAUGAAGAAUCUGAACAAGAAGGAUCAGAGACAGAAGAAAAAGAAAAGGAUGUAGAUAAAGAUUCCAAAACUGAACCAAGCAGUCCAAAUGUUCGUAAACGUAAGCCACGUAAAGCUGAUUAGACAUACUAAUUUCUUGUAUGUACAUAUUUAACAUCUGGACAAAAUGAUAAACGAUAUUUAACAGUUUGUAAUGUUAAUUUGUUUUGAUAAAUGAAGACAGUGAUAACAAUACAUGAAUAUUCUGUUUGACAAAAAAAUUGUGAGAGUUCAUGCAAAGAUAUAAAAAUAGACUUCAUUAUUAAUUUAUAGUUA